AUGUCCACUCCUCCUACUCCGCCGUUCUCGCUCCCCAUCUCUGAACUAGCUGCGUACGCGCGGCGCGACUCCUCGCCCCCGUCCCCGACGACUCUCCACGUUGAAGACGGCGGUCUCCAGAUGGCUGACGAACGCCCGUUCCGAGCCAUUCCCCUCUCCCGCCCCCGCUCAGCGACGAUCUCGGCGACGAUGAUGCGGGAGGUGGCUGCACGAGCUGCGGACACACGCGGCAUGCUCCAGGACGCGAACGACGUGAUGGGGACUGGUGUUUUGAGCGGGGACCUUCCUGUACGUGACACCGUUGCCACACCAGACCUGGUGUUCCCCUCCAUUCGUCCCAGCCUCUCGCCUCCCCGAUCUCCCCCUGCUCCUCCGAUCGUCGAGCGUGCCCAUGCGAGCGCGGAGAUCGUGGCCCCGAGCCCGGUAAGGCUGUCAGAAACGGUCGAGAGGCUCGAGCAGUCGGCCUGCGCGAGCAUGAACUCGUCCUCGACGCGGAAGGGCAAGAAACGGGCACGUAUCGCAACGCCGUCCCCCCCACCAUCGCCAACCCCGGUCAGGGCGCCGCCGGGGGCGAUACAUCGCUCCUCCCAGACUCUCCGUCAACGUCUAGUCCAGACUCAUCGCUCCUACGCUCUUGCCCCGCCCCAGUGGGCGGCGCCGACGCGCACGUACAGGCACCUGGCGCCGGCCACUGCUGCGAUGAUCGCGGCGGCCCUACUCCCUGAGGAACUGCGCGCGGCGUGUGCGGACAUUCCCCCCGCGAACGGUACUGGCUCUGACCCGCUCCAGAACGCGACUACGCAGCCCUCCGACACCCAAGUCCCCCGCUACCUACCCCCGACACCCCCAAUCCGAACGAUCCCAGUCUCGGGUGAAACGACUCCCCAUCCGAACGUCGCGGUACCCCAUCCGCGGACAACGAGCGCGGUGAGGAGCUCGUCCCCGGACCUCAUCUUCCCGAUGGACCUAGACGGAGCGAGCUCUGCGCCACCAGCGACGAGCUCCCCCUUCCCUUUCUCCAUUCCGCGGCGUGAAGCGGGUGGAGGAACGCUGCGGAGGGGUGUCCUGGAUACGAUUUUCGAGAACGGAGCGAACACUGCGACGAGCCCCACCCUGGUGCCCUCCACGGGGUAUGGAUCUGAGGCAUCGACACUUGUUAACUCCUCGUGGCCGUGGGCGAACGAGCAUCCAAUCCCGCCUGUGGAGAGCGACGAGAACGCGCCCCCCACGUCGCAAGUCCCUCCUACCCCGGCGACGCCGCGUUUCCAGUCCCAGUCUGCUGCGGACCUCGCGGCGAGUUUCGUUCCCCCAACACCGGCUGUUCCUCGCCACAACCUCACUGCUCCGGGUCACGCGCAGGGGACAACUGUGGGGACGGCAACGUACCUCGCGGCGGUCAACUCUAUGAACCAGAACAUUGGCGGAGGUCACACGUUCACCGAGAUACCGGAUGGAGGGUUCCCAGAGGUUCUCUUUGCGGAGCCGGACGGCCUCCUCGCAGGCCUUCCGCGCGAGCGCAUCAACGCGAUCUGUGGUGCCAACAUUGGGCCGUGCUUCGUCCUCCACGUACACAACUCGGCUUUUCCGAGCCAGCACGAGCUACGCGCGCUCACGACGGCUAUUGAGGGGGUCAUUAGGCAGGUUACGGGUGAUCUUAACCCGCUCGUGGUACCACCGGAGCGCGAGUGGGUGCAAGGUGGGGACAGGCGGCCAACCCCUUUCGCGUGGACGAGCCUCGUCAACUCUGAGCGCGCGGUUGAGCUGAUGUUGGCGCGCCCGGUCUGGUCGUCAACGGUGGUCUCGUUCCAUGUUGCUCGCCCGCUGAUCCAGAUAACGCGCUUCCUCUUCGUUCUGGGGGGGUUCGCGCACGACCGAAACCACAGCAUCCUAAACGCGGUCUGGGCGGUCUUCACGGGCGACGCAGUCCUCCCGCACAUCCUCAGGCUUGUCCAAACCCACCCGGGUUUCACCAGCAACACUCCUGAAGAAGCAGCGCGCACCAUCCUGGCAUCACUCGAAGUCCGGGUCUCCACGCUCCACAACGGCAACGUGAUUGCGGCGGUCUUCUGCGACCCCCCGACGCUCUCGAUCCCGCGCUGGAGGGAGUGGCGCAACGGCAUCACCAACCUCCCCUUCCCAAGCUCUCUCAACUCGACGGGCUUUGUCCGCCGCCCGUCCCCGUGCGCGGGAUGCCAUGGAUGUGACCACCCGACGCACCUCUGCCCCUUCCAAGACGUCCCUGGAUGGAACGCGCCCCCUCCGGGCACGACCUGGGGCCAACCAACUGCAGGCCAGACCCAAGGGCCGCCGGGUGGACUCCCUCCUCCUCCCCCGCCCCCUGGUGGAGGCGCCAUGACGCGCACGCGCUCGCAGGGCCCGCGCCGCCCGAACUCUGCUAGUGCUCCGCCUCCCCCCCGCCGCGACUACCGGGGUGGAGGUGAUGGUAGAGCAGGCGGGUCUGGUAGUGGACGUGGUGGCCAUGGUGGCGGCGCAGCCGUCUAG